AUGGGAAAAUCAAAUGAAAGCACGGUGAUGGAAUUUGUUCUCUUGGGCUUCCCUGGAUCCCACUCUUUGCAGAUCUCCAUGUUCCUGCUCUUUCUUCUUAUGUACAUCCUGACAGUCAUUGGGAAUGUGGCUAUCAUAACCCUUGUAAUGACCAACCAUCACCUCCACACCCCCAUGUACUUUUUUCUCUGCAACCUCUCUUUCCUAGAAAUAUGGUACACAACAGCUUCUGUUCCCAAGACCCUUGCAAUUUUUCUAGGGAAAAGCAGAACCCUCUCCUUCCCCAGCUGCCUCCUGCAGAUGUACUUCAUGUUCUCCUUUGGCUGCACAGAAUAUUUCCUCUUGGCUGUCAUGGCCUAUGAUCGCUAUUUGGCCAUAUGCUAUCCACUGCGCUAUAGCUCCAUUAUGAACAACACCUUGUCUACUCAGAUGGCCAUUGCCUGUUGGGUGUGUGGUUUUAUGGUUAUCUUAAUACCAACAUUUCUGAUCAGCAGGCUGUCUUUCUGUGGCCUUAAUGUCAUUAACCAUUUUGUUUGCAACAUAGAUUCCUGGAUAGUCCUGUCUUGCACCGAUAUACACACAGUUGAGACAGCAGCUUUCAUUAUCUCAGUGAUUGUUAUCCUUGGCUCAUGUGUGAUUACUCUACUUUCAUACAUCUAUAUCAUCACUACCAUACUGAGAAUCCCUUCGGCCAAAGGACAACAAAAAGCCUUUUCCACUUGUUCUUCCCAUCUUGCUGUUGUGAUUAUAUGGUAUGGCUCCACCAUUUUUCUUUUUGUCAAGCCUUCUGCCCAGAGUUCAUUGGAGCUGACCAAAAUAGUGAAUAUCCUGAACACAAUUGUGACACCAUUGCUAAAUCCUUUCAUCUAUACUCUGAGAAACAGGGAAGUGAAGAAAGCCUUGCGUAAUGUAUUCCAUGGGAUGUGA